AUGAGUGGACUGACGGACGAAGCUGUGCUUGAGGGCCACGACCUCAUCGACGGCGCCGAACACGAGGCACUGACUGACACAAGCCAGGCCGAUCCCAAGGACUUUAAGAAAGUCCACUCCGUCGGCGAGACGGGCGGUUCCAUUCUGCCGGACGUCAACAGCGCGGCCUCGAGGUCUGCCAAACCGACGGAGGCUCGGAAAGGCACCGAGCCGCUCGGAUCGAAGCUGAAUGAGUUCAAGGACAAGGUUGCCAAAGACUAA